AUGGAGCUAGAUGUGAAUUUGUCCCGGGAAGGCGCAGAGCCCUGGGGCUUCCGGCUUAUCGGGGGCACCGACUUCAACAUGCCUCUCACAGUUGUAAAGGUUCUCCCAGAGUCGCCGGCAGAAAAAGCGGGGUUGCAAAACGGCGACACGGUGUCGCGGAUCGACGAGAAAUGCGCCGGCGCAUUGUCGCACGAUGACGCGCGACUAAUCGUCGACAGUGCAGACGUUACUCUAAAACUUGGCGUGAAACGCGGCCUCUACGACCCAAUAUUGGACAAUUACGAGCCAAUUUACGAGGACUUAGACCAGAUAGAGCGGGCCGGUAUCGACCAACCGUCGCAGCCAACUGAGGUACACGACACCUUCCAAAUCCAGCAGUUCCUGGACCCCAAUCAGGAUAUAUUCCCUCGGGAGGAACUUGGUGAAGAACAGCCUAUAUCCAGGUCCCUGACUGCUUCCCCUUUUGUCCUACCCGCUAAGCCUUACAGACCUUUUUCCACUGAACCUUUACCUCAGAUACCCCCUUUAGAAGACCCAAUUAUCCUUAAUCCUAAUUACAGAGAUGAGUUUGGUGAGAUACUUGACGGAUUUGAGGAAUUCAAUGGGAAGUAUGAAAGCAGGUUCAAGUUGCCAAUUUCUGAGCAAUAUGAUCCUAAUUGGGAGAAGAAGGAGAAAGGUAGUGUGGAAAAUAAAGGCAUUGAAGUGAAGAUGACGCAAAUUGAUAAUGAAAAUGUUAGCGGGCUGGUUGCAGUGAAAACGGAUGUCAAUGUAUCUAUUGAAAAAGAAAUAAUUAAAGAAGAUAUUGCUUUCAUGAAGAAAAUGAAACAGGAGAUUGACAUGGAAAACAUUGAAAUGACCGCGACUACAAUUGUAGAUGAAAGCAUUGAAAAAGCUAAGACAGUAGCUGAAGAAAUAAAGAGAGAAAUUGAUGUGGAACUGUCUGACGUCAACAAUGUGGCGAUAGUUAACUCGAAAUCUGUUUUCAAUUCACAGUUGACUGCAGAAACCAAUUCUGAAGUAUUGAAUACAACUUCACAAAAUUCAGUUCAAAAGAUGGAAACCAAAUAUGAGUCCUCACAAGCUGACGUAAUAUCUGAACAUGAAGAUCUGGGUAUUGUUAAGCGAGAAACACGUGUUGAAAAAGAAACUAGUGAAACUCAUGAUGAUGCAAAAACUGAAGUGAAAGUUUCCAAAAAAGUUGAACAAUUCGAAUCAAUUAACACAAAAGAUAGUGUGAGUGAUGAAAGAAAAAAAUCCGUUCAACAAGAAGUGGAAGAAAUUAUCGAAACAGGUAGCGUUAGGAGAAAGUCUAUGAUGUUUGAUAAUGAAGAAAACAGUGUUGAUAAAAUCAAAUGUGAUGUUGAACACAAAACUAAACAUGAUAAGACUGAAACUAAGAAAGAAAUAAUUCAUAAUACUUCAAAUAAUAUUGACAAAAAAUCAACAGAACGAAAAGUAAGCAGCACCAAAUCUUCUUCUUCUGAAGCUGAGCACAGAGCGUAUUCGAUUGGCUUAAAAACAAUUCCAAAUAUAAGAGGUACAGUACAUUCUUCUUAUCAUUACAAUUUGUUACUUCAAACGUUCUUUUUGCACCUCACUGAUGUUAUGGUUGCUUUAUCGAGAUUUAUUUUAUCUCAACCUAUUUUUAAUAAGGAUGAAGAGAAACAGGAAUCAGUUUCUACUCAGGAAAUGAGGUCAAGUUCUUCUGAGAAGACUGAAAAAGUAUCAAGGAAGCACGAAAAUUUGGACCAGGUAUCUGAAUUAAAAGCAGAUAAAACAGAAAUUAAAGCGGCGCAAAGUACUAUUGUUCAGAAAGAGAAAAUAGAAAAGGCAGCUGUAAAAGAGAGGAAUGAACAGAAGGAUAAUAUAAUUAAGGAAGAAACAAAGGUUUGUGAUCAAAUCGUCCAAAAUUCAAACGAAGCAAAUCGUCUAGAGAAAGUCCAACAAACAAAGAGUCAAAUACAAAAUGAAGUCGCCACUUCAGAAAUAAAAACACAUAAAAAAGCUGCAUCUGGUUCAGAAAUGGCACAACUCAGUGAAAAGAAAUCACAGGAGUUGACAGUCAAAAUGGACGCUGUUAUUUCUGAAUUCGAAAAUAAAACAGGCAUUGAAGAUGAUACUGAACGUCGUAGAAGAUCUAGGAGUCGUAGUCAAAUCGUAGAAGAAGUGAUGAAAGAGAGCGACCCAUUAGAAUGGUUAUCCAAAGUUGAUAGCAAUAAAUCUCAAGAAAUUACUGAACUAAAAACAUCUUCUAAUGAAUGUCGCAGUUCAGUUGAAUCAACUACUACAAAAAUUGAAGUAACGAGAUCUUCUACGCCUAAUGAAGGAAAACAGAUGUAUGUGGCUAUCGUUGAAUCUCAUGUUUACACAAAUAAAGAUACUAUUUUACUUGAUGAAACUGAUAUAUCUGAAUCAUCUUCAGUUGUUGAAGAGUCAGUUAUGGAUUCUACAAUGGCCGUGGCUUCAGAAAAUGUUGUGAUGGAAAAAUCAGAAGUAACUAUGUCUACAAGUGCAUAUCAAGAUAAACAAGUAUCUAAUCAAAUGAAAGUCCAAGAAGCAAAAGUACUUGUUCAAGAGUCAAAACAACAACAACACAAUGUCGAAGAUUAUAAAUGUGAUAUUAAAACUAAAGAAGAAGUUGUUCUACAAAAAGAGGAACUAGCUAGUACAAAUCACGAUUUAAAAAUAUCUAAACAGAAAGAAGUCCAAGAAAUUAAAGAGAUUAACAACCAACAAUCAAAACAACAAGAAAAAGUUGAAGAUUUAAAAAUUGAUAUUAAAAAAGAAGAAGUCACACAAAAAAUUAGUGAAUCUGUGGUUGAUGUUCAUGAAAGUAAACAAUUAUGUAUUGAAAAUAAAUCUGAACAAGUUAUUCAGGAAUCCAAAAAUGUUGAUAAAUUCCAUGUUGAGUCACAAACUAAUAUUUCAAAGAAAAGUAUAAUUUUAGAGCAAACAAGUGAACCUGUUGUUGAAUUAUAUGAAAGCAAAGAAAUUAAAGAGGAAUUUCAUAAAUCGUCUGUUAAGGAACAAAGCUUAGACGUAGCUAAAGAAGAUUCAGUCAUUAUACAAGAAAUAAUAAGCGAGUCUUCAGCUAUUGAAGAUAAAAAUGAUACCCAUGGUUAUGUAGAAUUAGCAAAAGAAGAGUUAACUGAAGUCAAAGCACAACAAAUCGCGGAAUCAGAUGUUAGUGCUGACAUCAAAAUUAACAAUGUAGAAAUCAAAAAAGUUAAACCUCAAUUAGAAUCAGCGGCUUUAAAAAUAGUGAAAGAAGAAGUCAUUGAAGUCCAACCUUCACCGGAAAUUUUAGAAUCAGAGGAAACCAAAGUGUUGAGAAUCGAAAAAACCGUUGACAUGUCAAAAGAUUUAAUUGUCGAAUCAGACACUCAAUAUGUGGACAUAUCCGGAUCAAGUUCUAUGGAUUCCGUUGGUGCUUUGAAUAAAACAUCCGUUCAAGAAUCAACUUUCACCGCUAAACUAUCACAACAAUCUGAGACAUCCUUUACUGCAUCAUCUAUUUCGCAGUCUGUCCAAGAGUCCACGUUCAUUUCAAGAUCAACGGAAUCAAACGCCCACAAAUUAACUCUCAAUACUGACAUAGCCCAACAGAAGACGUUACAGCAACAAUCAUCUGUGAGCAGUGAUGAAAAUAAUAAUAUAGAUACACCUACUCCUUCCACCGUUCCUCCUACACCUUUAACAGAUGAAUAUGUGUUUAAAUUACAAAUUCCUUUACCUAAAACCAGCGGUACAGUUAUUCCCUUGGACUUGACUCCUGAAGAAGAAGAGCCCCAUAUAGUUAAAAAGAAAUUAGUGCCUCAUAUUGAAACAAAUUUAGAAUCACCUAUUAUUUAUGAUCCUCCAUUGCCCUCGCCUCCUGGGAUUAAAGUUACAUCUCCAGUUUACACAAAGCCUGGUUUAAGGGGAGGAGAUAUAAGAGCUUUAAGAAAGGUAAGAGCAGAACCAUUAAAAUCUCAGGAAGAAAUAUUGGAAAUUGAGAGGAAAUCAACGCUUCUAGCAUCAGCUAUAGACAAGACUAUUAAAAGCAUUGAAGAGUAUAAAGAACAAGUCGGAAUGGAAACCACGGCAGAAGUUGAAGAAUCAACAAUUACUAACAGUUUUACUAAAAAUGAGAAACAUGAAAAUGAAGAAACUAGUAUAAUAUCCACGACACGAUUGGAAAUUAAUAAUAAAAUUGAAAAUGAAUGGUCAAGUGUUGAUAAACAGAUCGAAGCUAACAAUAUAAUUUUGACGGAAUUAUCCAAAGUUACUAUGGAAGAGGACAAAGUUGAAUCGAACUCUGCAGAUUCAGUUAAUGGCAAUAUUGAACUAAACUACAUUAAAAUGAACGGAACUGAAGAUCAAUCUGUAUCAGAAAUGGUUGAAGUUAAUAAUUCCAAACAUGAUAUAAGUACGACGGAAAAUGUCAAUGCAGACAUCAAAAUUGAUGAUACUCACGAAUCAAAAGUGUGUGUUGCAGAAAUUGUUAACAAGACGGAGUUAACUCAAUUGGCUAAAAUAGAUGAUUGUGUAACUAAUGGUGUUAAUGAAAUAAGGAAUGUUAUUAUCGAUGUUGGAAGCGUACCUUCUAAAGAAGAAGCUGUUGAAGGAAAUGAAGAUCCAAUGAAAGGAUUCAGACCAGUCGUCUUCAACCCUGAAACUAGGAAUCCACGACCAACUGGUGUUUAUAUUAACUUUCCCGCCCAAGAUACUGGUAGGCCUUACACUACCCCAACCGGAGAAUUACUUGGCACUCAUCAAGGAAUCGUCGAUGGACUAGAAGAUGCUACGGUUGAUGAAGAAGUCGCUAAAGAACUUGGUAAACCAGGCAUGACUGAAGAGAAGAUAGCCGAAUUAAUAUCUGGAGAGUCGGAAAUGUUGAGAGAGGCGCAUGUAAUGGGAUUGACACGCGUCAUUACGUCUCACAUGAGCCGCGCUGAUGAUGCUUCCAGCGUUGACUUCAAACGGAUCAAGCCAAUUGUCGAGUCUCUAAAAGACUCAGAAGUGUUGAAAGCGCUGAAUGAAGAGUUGAUGAAGACGCAGAAGGAGAAGAAGAAAGAAGAGAGGAAGUGGACUACGUUUUUGCAGAAGCCUAAGAGAGCGGUGCCGAGAGCAAAGUUCGGUUACCACGGAUAUGUCGAGCAGGAGAUAAAUAUUGAGGCUCCGUACAAAGUUAAAAUCGUAAAGCAGCCAAAACCAAAAGUCGCUCCAGAUUAUAAACCAGAGAAUUUCGACACAGGACCACUCCCGUGGGAAGAGAGGGCGUUACACGAACCGCCCCCUCCUCCUGUCGCACCUGAAGAUCCAAUAUUAGUCCCUGAAGAGGAACCGGAAUUCCUGGAGGCGGUUGAUCCUUUGCCGGAGAGCGAGGUGCCAGAUUUGGAAGACACUGGUAUACGUCUUCCUACACCCAAAACUGAGGAAGAAGUAGACCAACCAGCCCCAGAAACAGAAGCAGAAGUGCCACAAGAAGAGGCUCUCGAACCAGAACCUCAGCCAGAACAAACAGAAGAGAACAAAGAAGAAAUGGAGAGCAGAAUUGCUGAUCAGUUGAUGUCCAGUGUGCAGAAUAUGGUUGAUCCGAACGCCUCGCUGGAGCAGCAGUUAGCUCAGAUGCGUGCGCAGUUGGCGGCGCUUGCGCAGCUGCCUGGCGUCAUCCAGCAGACCUUGGAAAUGGUGACGAGGCAGCUUAGCCAGUUGACUCAUCAGGAAUCCGUAUCGAUCCAAUCGUGCCAAGAAUCUCGACAGCUCGCUAUCGAACAAAGCCAAGAGUGUGUUGAAACUGAAGUCACCGAUAACCAAGGAACAAUGAUAUCUGAAGAAACCGGAGAUGUCCAAAUGGAAGAACAAAAUGAGAAUGAACAAACACACAUGACCGUUGAAGAGGUCAACGAGACACCGAGCCUCACCCAGGAGGAGAUGGAGAAGUUGAAGAAGGAAGAAGAGGAAAUGUUGGAAGAGCAGAGGAGAAUUGAGAAACAGAAAAAGGAGAUGAUGGAGCAAAUGCGCCAAGACCAAGAAUCUAGGCAGGUGAAGCAGCGUCCGACACCACGCGUGGGUAAACCCAAGCCGGUCUUCGGGAAUGGCGACCAAGAGAGACCUAUGGUGUUGCCAGGCGGCAGAAAGUGGAGGGGGCCCAAGGACGCGUACAACGAACAAUUCAUCGCCGAGACUUUGAGCGCUCAAGCGGAAAUUAUUAAAGGAAAAGCCAAAGGGUUUGUGAUGUCAUAUGAAAGCGACUUACUGCCAUACGAUGAGAGGAUCAACUUUUUGAAAUACGAAAAGCCUCCGGUCUCUUUGGAUCAUCUUCAACACUCGGAUGUUUAUAAGCUGGUCCACAAUAUGGACCAAACUCCCGUGAGACGAGUGGAUAUGCUGACACCGGUGGUAGCCGAAGCUGAUUAUAGAGAGAAAUGCCGCUCCAUUUCGCCGUGUGUGGGUCGCAUGGCACAAGAACAACACCAAGAUUUUCCCCAGCAAGUCCAACCUUAAAAAAUAAUAAUUACCAGACCAGAUACAUAU